GUUUGUCUCAGGACAACAGCCAGGAACCAACAUGUUACUACAAGUGGAAGCUAAUACCGUGUCUACUGACAACAUAGUAUAUGGAAGAAAUCAAGUUGCAGAGAGUCUUCCACAAAGUGCAGAGAAAGCACACACGUAUACAUCUAAGGUAGAACUUAGUCCACUGUGUUCAAAAGACGGUUCUCCCCAAACUCUAUCAGACUUGCCACCCAAGUUACAGCCUGGAGUGACAUUGAAAGAGCCUAGUAUGACACAGUUACAGUCAGCUUGUCCUCAGCGUUCAAAUGUUCCUGGCAUUCCAGCUCGCCAUCAGUCAGAAGUUGGAGCUUGUUCCGAUCAUUUGAGUGCGUUGUUCCUGUCGUUACGCACAAAAAAAAUGCCCUUACCCAUUUAUUCAGACUUGCAUCGUGUCCAGCAACAAGCUGUGAAUGACAUGAAUAUGACCAAACUGGUAUGGCUAACAUGUCCUAGAAGUACAAGAGUUCUUGGAUUUCCCAAUGCACCAUUUAAGGAAGCUUUGAGCCAUUCAAGUAUGACCAGUCUUCUUCCUCCAUGUCCAGAAUGCACAGUGAUUGCAGGCAUGCCUUUUAAAGAAACGGUUGGAAGGACAAGACAGGAAGAUGACUGGCUGAAUUUGAGGAAAUCAUUUUCUUGCAAACAAAUGAGAUCUCAAUGUGUUCUAGUUGAGGACGGUUCACAUGAGAACAAAGAACAUCACAAAGCCAUGGUAAAUAUGCUAUCUUCUUGUCCACAGAAAGCUUGCACUUAUGGUUUCCCUUCUGCUCCAGGUCAAAAUGUUAACAUGGCUAACCUUUUGUAUACUUGCCCGAGAAAAAACAAUGUUAUUGGUUUACCGUCUCAGGAUCCAGUUUGUGUUGCGAGUGACCUUUGGAAUUUGGGUAAGGGCAGUUCUAUUUUGUUAGCGAAGCACUUAGGGAAGGAAUGUGUGGUGACAUCAAGCCCUAUGACAUCAGUGCCCUCAUGCCCAAAUAUUACUCCCUCCUGCCCUGAGAAGGCCAAGGUACCUGGGUUUCCAUCAGCACAGAAACAAAGCAAAUCGGCUAAAGAACCAACCGUGGUCACAUUUGUGUCAAGUUGUGCAAAAGAAUCUAUAGUUCCUGGAAUGCCAGCUAGAAACUAUACCAAACCUCAGUGGGUAAAAGAUAGCGUUCUGCUACAGCCACCGCGGAAGUAUGCCGUUACAACACAUCUGGAAGACGUCUUUGCUUUUGAUUGUGAUUGGGUUCGUAACAUGGUAUGCAUCGUGUCCUCGUGUCCGAUGCAAGCCUGUACAUCUGGCUUCCCAUCAGUAAAAUCUAACAGGUCAGAAAACAUUGCAAAUAUGAUGAAUACAUGUCCAGGACAUUCCAGAGUUAGUGGAAUCGCCUCCACAUUCCCCAGUGGGUCUGGUAGAGCAGAAUGGAAGGUUGACAGAAGGUCAUUGUGGGGAAAAGCAUUGGACAACCCAAAAAGAAUGUCAGUAAUGCGUAAGUGCAAGAUUUCUUUGAAAGAGAAGACAGUCGUUCGAGUUAUGGUGUCCAUGUUGCCACCUUGCCCAAGACACUCUAACGUUUAUGGAGUUCCCUCCAAAGUUGGUCAAAGUCACGUUUUGAUGAAAGAAGCCCCCGACAUGUUCAAAUCCAUUACCACUUUCCCAAAACAUGGUAGAAUUCUAGGUUUACCUGGAAAGGAUCAUUCAAGAGACUAUCACGGUUGGUGUGUGGAAAGGGGGACACUUUGGAAGAACCCAGUCACUACAAGGUCGGUAGCAGUCUCAGAUUCUAGACUUGAUCAGAUGUCCUCCAAGGACCGAGAAAUGAUGGUCAGUGGGCUGCCGUACUGUUCCCGAGAAGCACUGAACUUUGGAUUUUCUUCUGCCUUGCCACUCCUAACUGUUGAUGCAGAAGAAACAAAUCAUCAAAGCAUGGUACAGUUGCUGCCGUGUUGCCCGAGACAGUCAAGCAUUGUGGGUUUCCCCUCAAAACUCUCUGAUGACAACAUAGGUCUAUGGGCAAUGUUGAUGACGUUGCCACACUUCCCUCAUCACGAUACACCGAAAGCACCCCUCUCCCUAAAACUUACAGUUGACUCCGGAAUAACAGACUCUGAGGAAAAACUUGCAAAUAUGGUAAAUAUUGUUCCAUCCUGUCCAAAGACCGCUUCCCUGCUGGGGAUGCAAUCAAGUACUUCGCACUGUUUAGUGCAAGCAGAGUGUUCAAUUAGAGCACCACUUUUGGUGACACCAAUCGCUUUGGACAUGAGUGAAGAUGAGCAUGGUUUGAUGGUGGCAACUGAGGAAAAAGUAACUGCUCUAAAACGCGGGUGAGUUACUUCAUGAUGUCUGUGGUACCGUCAAAGGUCAGGUUUGUUUUUGUAAGCAUUUGCUUUUAAAUGAUUUCAGAAACACAGAUGGCCGAAUACCACAUUUAAUCACUGACAUGUCAUUGUCAGAUAAGAGAAAUGAAAACAUGGUUUCAGUGCAGCCAUCAUGCCAAAGGGAAAGUGUUCCUGGGCAGGAGGUACGAGAGCAAUAUCCCACAGAAAGCAUCAGUCUAUGUGAGGAUCUACCAAAGGCAUCGACAGAGUUUACUGGCGAUGUGGCGACUACUGAAGAAAUUCUCAAUCCACUGUCGUCACUCACAAGUUCCUCCUCUGAUGAUGAAGUGAAGACUGCGGUGAGAAGUAUGACGGCCAUAUGCUCGCUACCCAGUGGCAUACUUGACUGUGACACUCAACAAUCCAGUGAAUGUUGGAAUCGGAGUAUGGUGGAUAUGCAUCCCUGUUGCCCAAUCAUCUUCGACAUGUCAAAUACGAUCAACCUCCUGCCAUCCCUUCCGGCCACAUCCAGCAUUGCUGGUAUUCCAUCUUUGCUCAAAGCCGACACCAGAGACUGGGACAUUAUUGGAAUUCACCACUCAUUAUGGAAGAGAAGAAAUAAAAAUGGGUCUGAAUUAAUACUGGAGAACGACAAAAUGCACAAAUAUUUGAAAGGAGCUAGUUUGCGUCUUCAGUGUUGUCCAAAAGAAUCCAGCAUUCCUGGUUGUCCUUCUGUGCGACAACCGAGACGCUUGACAGCUGAUCAACUCAUGACUCGUGGCCUCGGUGAGCCCGGUAUGGUUCAUCUGUCGAGAUUGUGUUCAAAAGCGUCACGAAUCCCGGGAUUUGCAUCAUUUGAUGACACAAGAGAAUGGACCGUCAACAGAAAGCGACUCCUUCAGCCCAGAUCGUCUGAAAGGAAGACAUCGUUGAUUGGAAGGUUUCACAAAGACGAGAGAGCAAUGAAGACAAUGGCUUCCCUUGUACCGUCCUGUCCAAAAGAGGCAUUGACACCAGGAUUCCCCACUCAUCCAACACCAACAACUGCAUAUUGUGCACCAAAUAUUACAAGCCUCUAUACAUUAUGCUCCCGUGUUUCAAACAUUGCCGGUUUUGCAUCAGUUGAUGGAAGUGAGAGCAUUGGAUGGGUGAUGGGAAAUGAGUCCUUGUCGAAGGAGGCGGCCAAUAAGGGCUUCAUACGGGACAUGACAAAUGAGCACAAAAUUAAAUGGAAAAACAUGCAUUCUCUUGUACCAUCUUGUCCGAAAGCAUCAUGUAUAACUGGCAUCCCAUCCAAGCCACAUCCCAGAGAGCUAUAUUAUUGCUCAAAUAUAGUAAACCUGCUUCCUUUGUGCCCUCAAGUUUCUACUGUUCUUGGAUUGUCAUCAAUUGAAGAUAACGAGAAAAGAUGGAUUGUUGAGCAGGGUUCAUUGAUUCGCAAACCACAAAAGAACAUCAAGUUGAAGAUGAACUGUUUGCCAGUCGACCAAGACAAAGCAAACGAUAUGUUUGCCAUUGCACCUUCUUGUCCAGAAGCAUCCAAAAUCCAAGGGCUUCCCUCAGCACCUCAAAGCAAAUCCAAGGUUGAACCGAACAUGAUCAAAUUGGUACCUUUCUGCCCAAGGUCUUCAUGUCUUAAAGGAUUUGCAUCCGUUCCUACAACCCCAAUUGUAGGGUGGCUACAUGAAAGAAACCCUGUCAUAAGAACACCUCAGAGAAAGUGGGCAGAGAAGAUUGGAACACUUGCUGGGCAGAAGCAAAACGGGAGCAGUAUGGCAAAAAUGAUAACGUCAUGCCCCAAAAAGGCGAGACUCCGUGGAUUUCCGUCUGCUCCCAUUCCGAACAAACCACCAGAAAUUGUCAGCUUAUACUCGACUGCUCCAUGUGUUUCCUGUACACCUGGUUUCCCAUCAGCAAGGAUGCUUAGCUUUGAACCUUUGAAUACACAAACCCAUUACUUGUGCAAGAAGACCUUGUGUGUGGACCUGCAGAAGUGCAAGACGUAUCUCAUUACUGAAUCCCUUGAUAAUUAUCAACAUGAAGAAAUUAAGCAGAUGGUAUUAAUAGCGCCAUCAUGUUCGCAUCAGACUAAAAUUCCUGGAUUACCAAGCAUUUCUGUCCUGAAUACAACAUGGAACAAAACUCACCAGUUGCCUGCUGCCACUGUGUUGCCAAAUCACCCAGAAGUCAUUCAUGGCAGUGGUACCAGCAGAGCACUUGCAUCUGAGGGUAGAUACAGCGGCAUUACAAGUCACAGCACAGAACCUUCAUUAGAUAAUGACUUAACAAAUAGAGUAGCAGCAGAGGAGGCCCAAACACAGACGAAAGAUGGGAACACAUCGGAGCCCGAUGUCAUCUUAGGCUGGGAAUUACUGGAGGUAGAGGGAACGACUGAAAAACCGAGAGAAUCUUCGCCAUCGGCAAAUGAGGACGCGACCCCUGGAAUAGUACAAACUAUUGUGGGUGUUUUCCAUAAAGGUUAUGAAACAGUAGCGUCCAUUUUGGGGCCAUCCAGUUCAGCGGUGUCUGGGAAUGAAGUCCAACUGAAGGCCGACUCGGCUUUGCCUCCAAGAGAACAGACGGUCAUCUCCUCACGUGAAGACUUACCUUAUCGUGAGGAAAUAGGCAAGGUCAUUCCUUUAGCUGAGCAGUUUGAGGACAAUCACCUGGGAGAGGAUCAAGUGGUACCGCCAUCACCACCCUCAGAUGGUGAUGAUGGGUUUUUGGUUUGUGUGAGUAUGAAGAAAUGGCCACCGCUGACUGCUGCAGAUAUUACUGAGCUGUCAAUGGACGUUCAACAUGAGGAACAGGAAGUUUUGCGUGAUCAAUGUCAUACAAGUGAGCAGAACUCCGCAAACACGUCAGUGUGCAUUGACAGUUUGUCAGUAAGUCACCAGAAUGCCAAACAAAAUGAGGUCGAAACCUCUUCCAAAUUGGAUCCUGGUCCCCAGCAAUCAAGCACUGAUGCAAUCCCCCUACAUGCUACAAUAAGUGAACUGUUGACAGAUGCCAAACCAAACCCAGAGAUACUCUUGGACAAAACCUUAGCUGAUCCGUAUCUUUGUACGGUUGAACCACAAGCACAGGUCUCUCAGCGAGACACAAAGGUUCCAGCAAUUCAACAAAUAGAAUUUGAACCAGAACAAGCCACCGUUAUACAGGAGCUGGACGACAGUCAAAAUUUGGAUGGAUUGUCUGUCCUUCGUGAGGUGGCUCCAAUCCACUCUUGUGAGAUAAUUCUUACUCAACCUGUGAAGAACCUUUCCCUCUCUUCUUGUAGUAGCAUUGCUGUCGCUGGAGAUGGAAGCGUUCGCUCUCUACACACAACUGUCAGUGAAGAAAAAAUUGAUAAUGUCCCUCCUGAUGUGGAAAAAAGAGAUUCCCUGAGCAAAUCUCUGACAACAAAAGACAGUGUCACCACUGAAAAACAAACACUUCCUGCUCUACCAGGAAGCGAAAAUGUCCAAACCAUCAAACAACGUUCUUUUGUGGUUGAUCAAAGAGCAGACACAAAAUAUGACCAAGAUGGAACUAUACCAGUCCAGGCCUCUAGUCAAGGCCCCUUCUUAGAAACAAGGGAACAUGAAAGCUGUGUGCCAUUAAAAGCAGAGCCACAGGGAGAUGCUGUUGAGCAACAUGCACCCCUGUCAAUUAUCCAAAAGAUUGGCAUGAAAGGUCCUUUGAGAAAGCAACCCAUCCCAAAGCCUCGUGUUAGGAAAUGUGCCAGCGGUUCUUUCUCAGACGAUAUCACGGGAGAAGAGGCCCAGGCGGGAGGCCAGGCUGGCCUUCUUCCGGAUCAUGACGACAGGAUAUUGAAAGAGCAAAUCGUAGCCGUACGCUUGAGGAAAAGCAGACUUCAUGUCGAGGAUGGUACAACGCGACCCUCAAACUUGCCUGUAGCAAAACAAAGAGUUAAGAAACGUCUCAGUAGUUCGUUCCCAGAUGAUACUGCAGUUUCUUGCUCACCACGUACUUCUUUGUCAGACACAAUAACUGACACGUCUGGGCAAGAGGUGAAUCACCACAAUGAGCAGGCGAGCUUCCCUGUUCCGCGACCUCGAGUCAGGAAACAAGCCGACACGACUCUUUCCAAAAGUACACCAGUUGCAGACAUCUUAUGUCCUUCAUCUCAACGAAAGCCAGAGGCUACACGUACCUCCUACACCUCCUACAAGGCAGCAGACGACAGAUCUUCAAUACUGGAUUCAGGUGUCACCUCUGAAAAGUGUUCAUUUACAAUUGAUCAUGGCAAUGGAAAAGAUUUUGCACCUCGUUACACGGCAGAAAGGAGCGAUGUGGAGAAGCCGUCGGAUGAACUGGUCAAAGGUGGAACCCUAACAGACGCGCCUGUCCUGAUGAAUAAGUCCUUCACGUGCGCGAUUACAUCUGCUCAGGGUGACUGGUUACAAGUAGGAGAUGGCGGCGGCAGUAAAUCAGCGGAUCUGAAGAAUAAAGGCUCUGACUGCAGCUUUUUGUCCGUAGAUGUUGCCGCCGGUUGUUCAGAGGAAGACGGAAGCAGUUCGCACGUGGACAAAAAUAAUGCCCAAGGGCUUGGUUUCCACCAAACACUGACUCCAAUAAAACAUGAAGAUGGGUUGGCAUCUCCAGACAAUUUUUCAGGAAGUCAAAACCUGGUGACUUCCAGUCAGUCUCUACUGGAGUGGUGCAAGGAGGUCACUCAGGGUCACAAGGGACUGAAGAUCACCAACUUCAGCACCUCCUGGAGGAACGGUCUGGCUUUUUGUGCCAUCUUGCAUCAUUUCCACCCAGAAAAGAUUAAUUAUGAAUUAUUGGACCCCUAUGACAUCAAGCACAACAAUAAAAGGGCCUUUGAUGGUUUCGCCGAGCUCGGCAUUUCCAGGCUGAUGGAGCCUUCAGACAUGGUCAUGCCGGCUGUGCCCGAUCGCCUCAUUGUCAUGACGUAUCUCAGCCAGAUUCGCACUCAUUUUAUGGGCCAGGAGCUAAGCGUUCUUCAUAUCGAGAAAGACGCCAGGGAGUCCAGCUACGCGGUCACGGCAGACCGCGAGAGCGAAGAGGACCCCCAGGCCGCUGUUCGCUACUGCACCCAGAGGCUUCAAGAGGAGGGCAUCGGUCUGGAGACGAACGGCUCCGUUAGCGCAGCACGCGACGGCGAAGGCGACGCGGAUGCAGCUCCGCCGCCCAGAAGCAAACGGGCGCAGGCAUCCGGGACUGGGGGUGCUCAGUCGCCGGUUGCACCGCCGAGGACUCACUUCGCGUCCAAGUGUGGGUUCUCUCACGUCAAAGACGCCGAUCUGGUCAAGAAACGCAGGUCUCAGCGGAAGAGUGCGUCUGAGGAGGAUGGAGACACAUCCGUGGCUGUUGCGGAACAAGACAGCGGAAGUGUCACAAUCGAGACAACAGGGACACUGGGAAGACGGGAAGGCCAGGACCCCAGCCAGUAUGUACUCAGUCAAAUGGAAGCCCUGGAAGCGGAGCAAAACCACAUCGACACCAGAGCUGCGGUCGUCGAGAGGAAACUCCGACAACUCAUGGAAACGAGCAGUGACAAGGCGGAGGAGGAAAGGUUGAUUCAGGAAUGGUUCACACUGGUCAACAAGAAGAAUGCGUUAAUUAGAAGACAGGAUCACCUGCAGCUGCUUGCUGUGAUUGAUAGGCUGGAGGAGCACAAUUUGGAAAGGAGGUUUGCGCUGUUAACCAAAGAGCUACGGGACAUAAUGGCCCUUGAAGAGUGGCAGAAGACGUUGGCGCACAAACACAGGGAGCAGCUGCUGCUGCAGGAGCUGGUGUCACUGGUCGACCAGCGGGACGAACUGGUGCGCAAUAUGGACGCCAAGGAGAGAGGCGCUCUGGAGGAGGACGAGCGCCUGGAACGAGGCCUGGAGCAGCGACGGAGGAAGUACGGCAAACAGCAGAAGGAGAAGUGUCUGAUGCAGUGAUUUUUGUUUUUUGUAUUUAUUUUUUUUUCACCGUGGAUGGGACGUCCCGAUUCAGGACGCGAGGUGUGACACUCAAUAUCAUUGCCAAAGAUGAUCGUUACUUCUUUUAUUUAAAGUCUUGUUCAGGAGAACUGAUAGCAAGUUCUAAUGAGACGGGAUGUGUUCGUCAGACUUUCAUGGCAACGUAAGUUUACAGACUCCUCAUGGGAUCUGUCUUACCAACAUAUUAUGUCUUGUUACUUUUUCAGCUUUUUAAAUCAGGUUUUAAUUGACGGGCUACUUGUAGGGCAAAGUAGCGGCCUCUCGGUUUCGUCCCGUCAGCACUCCUCUGGAAAUGUAUGUUCAGAAUGAUACAUUUCUUUUUAUUUGUCAUUUUUUUCAAAAUGAAUUUUCUAUUCAGUUCAGCCAUAUCUGCUGCUUUCGGACAAUUAUAUUAAGUAUGCUACGCGCUGAUUUUCCUCUAUUCGAGUCAAAAGUGAUGUUGGAAACGCUUACCCAAAAAAUGUUUAUUUUAUCCCCAAAGUGAUGUUACAGUUGUAUGUGUUACAAAAUAGACUAACUUUAUUUUUGACUGUCUUGUUACUGAGGGAUGUUUAAAAAUAGGAGCUCCUUCCUUUUAAAUGUGCCUUUAUUCUGGAUUUUGAAAGUUACUAAAAAUAUAUAUAUAUAUAUAUAUAUAUAUAUACACAUAUAUAGAUAAAUGUUAACAACUUACCACAUUAAAGUGGAUUACUUUAGCAGUGAGUCACCUGAAUCAUUUUACAGUUGCCAACAGGAUGAAUUUGGUUCAAGGUCAUCUUUAAUUUAUUGGAUUUAUCUGAGCUUUUACUAUUUAAUCUGUGUCGCCUGCAGAACUCCAGCUCUUUUUUUUUUUUGUUCCUUCUUUUAACCAAAAAUGUACUUUUGUUCUUAUUGUUGUGCCUGCAUCGUGCUGCAUUGCACGUUAAGAAUUACAUAGGAACUUUGUAUUCACAGGAAACGACACAUUAUGCAUUUUCGAGUCAUCCUAUAAACUAAUAGCAGCUGAUUAAAGCAUGCGAGUCAGGAUUCAUGGAAAUAAGAUUUGGUGGUGACUGCACGAUUGAAAUGAAAGGAGGAUUUUUGGGCAAGUGAAAGGUAGCAGAAAUAUUGGUUUUAAGAAAGAAGGAAACGGAACUGACUGUCGUGUUCAUGUGACGUUUGCACAUUUGCCGAGUUUGCAAAGCCCUAAAUCUGUUGCUGCAUUAAAAAGAGUCGCAAAGAU